AUGAUGAUGAGAGGUGGAAAUGGCAUCGGAAGAAGACUGGCAAACCCAAAAGGCUUAACCCUAAUCGGAUCCUUACUCAAUCGGACUCCACAGUUGUUGUCUUACUUCUCCUCCAGCGCCGAUGAUGUUUUUGCAGCAGAAAGACGCCUGAUGGAACAAGACUCUGAGAGUGAUGAUGAUAAGGAAGCCAUAAUUGAAAGGCUGAGCAAGUAUCAGUGGGCUUCUCAGUAUCCUGAGUGCCUAAGUAGAAAGGACGAGAAGCGGGAAAUUGCAAGAAUUGCUAAUACAGUUCCCGAAAGUGCGCCUGACGUAGCCAAGCAAUAUGCAGUUUAUGUCGCUUAUAAUCUCCAGCGUUGUGAUGAAAUGACUUUUGAGGAUAAAAUCCGCAGAAUGCACGAGGUCAUCGAGGAGGUGUCACGGGGCUAG